AUGGAUGUAUACUCCAGCGUGGGGAUAGGGCUCACUCAGACACAGCUCUCUGAGAGCCUUGGAGCUGAAUGCGUUUACAUGGCCAUUGACGGUCGCGGGCGACUUGACAUCGGGUUGGCGCAGUUCGUUUCUGAGACGACAUGCAGCUCCGAGAUCCAGGAUCAGAGGGUCUUCAAUGCCCUCCUUUCCUACCUGUCUCCAAGGGUUCCAGACCCCUACGCGAUUGGACAUUCCGAUCCAGUCCUGAUACUCAAGGCCUUGCAGGUACUUGAUCAUGCACUCCACAACGGCUCAAGUUAUUUCGAAGCGCUGGUGCGCCAACAAAGAGACAAUGUACUGAGCCGGCUCAGCAUGUAUGAGGCAUCGGGGGAAGACAGCCUACGAGAUUUGCGCCUGGAAGCUGGGGCAGUAAGGAGACUCAUAUCAGAUGAUGGACAGCAGUUGGAUUUUGAACGAAAGCAUAGCCACACGACCCGCUGGUCUGCGAGAAUCAAUCGGCGUGUGCCUGCUGUUCCACGCCCAUCGUUGAUCUCAACGUCUCUGGGUGAAGGUGCUCCAGAUGCUGCCUCAGGAAGUGACGCAUUCGACCUAUCUGGGCAGGAAACACCACAAACGCCAGCUGGCCAUGUCGGCACGGCACAGCCAAACAACCCCAGACCAUCUACUGCUCCGACUUGGUCUCCUCCACUGCAAUCCCCUUUUGCAUCUCGAGGUUACACAGGGAAGUCGACCGAUAAGGCUUCAAGCGAUGGGGGUGCAAGGGAACAUGCUCGGCCCCCAUCGUAUGAUCCUCAAGUACCACCGAGAACGGCAGGGGACCCUCCUAAACGCAGACCGCUACCUCGUCGAACGAGCUCUACCGAAGGCCUUCGGGAUGGGCGGCCGAUCAAAACUUCAUACAUUGACGAGAUAAGCCGCGCCGAGGAGAACACAGAAGAAGACCUGACCUCUGGCGAGUGGAAAAACGCAUUGUCGGUAUUAGGAGACGAGGUGGUCGAAUACAUUGAAUUUGUUCAGACCUCAUCCUGGCUGAUUUUCCAGACCUGA